CCAGUUUACGCUUGUACCCCUCACAAAACUUGAACCUAAAACCCUAAACCCAUUUUUAUCCCUUCUACCCUCUUGUUCUUCUUCCCCACCGUAGCCCCCUUUUUUCUUCUUCUUCUUCUCCCUUUCUUCACCAAGCGUUCGUUUUAUAUUUCUCAUCCUCAUCACCACCAGCACCUUCCACUUCAGUCGGAAAGCGAGGAGUGUGGGUCCAUCUUGUUGAUCUCCAAUUUUGCAGCUCUUACGCCUUCCUUCCUUUUCCUCAAACAAGGUAUAGCAAUAGCAAUAGCGAGUGAGUGGCAUGGAGCAGAGGUUAGCUAAUAGUUGGAGAUUGACAGUUAACGAAAAGAGGUUCAUAGAGACUGCUCUGCUUUCUAAGGUUCGAGUUGACGGUCGUGGUCCCUUGGAGUAUCGCAACCUCACCAUCAAGUUUGGGAACAAUGAUGGCUCUUCUGAGGUCCAACUCGGUGGGACCCACAUCAUGAGUUUCAUCACAGGUGAACUCGUUCAGCCUUACAGAGACAGACCCAAUGAAGGUUCACUUUCUAUCUUCACCGAGUUCUCUCCCAUGGCUGAUCCUUCCUUUGAGCCUGGCCGUCCCUCUGAAUCCGCCGUCGAAUUAGGUCGCAUUAUUGACCGUGGUUUGCGCGAAAGCAGAGCUGUUGACACUGAAUCGCUCUGCAUUCUUCCUGCCAAGUUCGUUUGGGCCAUUCGCAUUGAUAUUCAUAUACUUGACAAUUGCGGAAAUCUUGUUGAUGCUGCGAAUAUAGCUGCAUUGGCUGCUCUAAAAACAUUCCGGAGGCCUGAAUGCUCAUUGGGUGGAGAAGAUGGUCAGCAAGUUGUAUUGCAUCCUCCUGAGGUGCGUGACCCAGUCCCUUUGAUUAUACAUCAUCUUCCUAUUGCUGUCACCUAUGGAUUUUUGGGUAAUGAAGAUCUUAUGGUCAUAGAUCCAACUUACCAGGAAGAGGCUGUAAUGACCGGACGCAUGACUGCUACGCUUAAUGAAAUUGGUGAUGUUUGUGCCAUUCAAAAGGCUGGGGGAGAAGGAAUCUCCCACCGUGUUAUCAUGAACUGCUUGGAACUUGCUCAUGUUAAAGCUGGUGAUAUUACAAAAAAGAUAAACAAAGCAGUUACAAUGCACGAAGAGGAAAGGGAACUACGGAAGAUUAAACGUCAUUUUCCGUCUGUUGCCGUGGAUGUAGGUGGUACCCCUGCCAGGUUAGGGGAAAAACAAAAUCAAUUAGAUGGCAAUAAAGAUGGUAGCAAUUUAGACCAAUUAAAACUGAAAGAUGAGGCCAAUUUUAUGGAAUGUGAUGCCACAUCAUCAGGACAAGUGCAAAGUAACAAGAGGGAUGGAGUCUCAAAGAAUUUCGUUGGUGGUCCCUCAAGUUGGGAUCCCUACUCAGAGUGUGUCAACUCAGAUCUUCUUAAAGCUUCUCUAGCAUCACGUGGAUCCUCAGCUCCUAGUAAACAAAAGGAUUCAUUAUGUGAGACUAAGCCGAAGGACCCACCACAGGAAAUUGAGACAGAUUCUUCACCAAUUGAUACAGCUCUAACUGCUGGGCAGAACAAUGAAGGUAAGACUCUGAAGGAUGCUGUCAAGCCCAAGAACAAGAGGAAAAAAGAGAGCAACUUCCAAUAAUGGAAAUUAAAUGAUUAAAUUAGCUGUUGUCAGUUGGCUUAUUAACACUAAAAUUGUUGACAAAAUUGUUACUCUCUACUUUUUUUCAGUUUCCUUUUUGUUGUAAUAGACCGGACGUUGUAAAAAUUCAAUGGACAAUGAAGGAGUAUCAUUAAUUU